AAACGAACGGGAAACUUAAGUAACAUGUUGAAGAAAAUGGGCGGUUUAGGAUUUUUAUCCUGCGGCAUUUUGCUGUUAUGUGUUGUCAGCAAUGUCGAAUCCUAUUCAAAAUAUGGACGCGGUUGUGCUGACAUCGGUUGUUUGCCCAACGAGGAGUGUGUAAUUACAUCGGAUUCUUGUAGUUAUAAUCAACGCGAUGGCAAGGACUGCGGCCAAUAUCCAACUUGCAGGAAGAAGACAAGUGGUGGCGUCAGCACCUCUUCCUCUUCGUCAUCGGUUUAUCCUUCAGUUGUUAAUUCGCAUACUACCAAUAAUGAUAAUCCCAGCGCUCCACCAGCUCCCAGUGCACCCGCCUUCAAUACUGGAGGUUCUGGCGGUCAUAGCUUGUAUCCCAGCUUGCCUAGCGAUAAUCGCGGUUCAAUGGGUGGUGGUUAUCAACCCGGCGGUUACAAUCCCGGUGGUUAUGUACCACCAGGUUAUCAAGGCGGUUAUGGUGGUGGUUACACUCCCCCAGCUCCUGGUUAUGGUGGCGGACAAGGUGGUUAUGGCGGUGGUUAUGGUGGUUAUACUCCUCCAGCUCCUGCACCAGGUCGUGCUCCCACCAAAGAAAAAGAGGGUGGUGGUUUCUUCUCGAAUUUCCUAUCCAGUCCUGAAGUUCGGAAUGCUGUAACCGGUAUUAUUGCUGGACAAAUUGCCAACACCUUGAGAGGAGGUGGUAAUCAACCACAGCCCAACCAACCCAGCGGUGGCUAUCAGCCAAGUGGUGGUUAUGCUCCCAGUGGUGGUUAUGGUGGUGGUUCCUCAUCCGGUGGUUCCUCAUCAUCCGGUAGUACUGCCAGUAAUAUCUUGGGCGGUUUAUUGGGCAAUGUUUUGUCUGGCGGCGGUGGUGGCAGCAGCAGCGGUGGUAGCAGUGCCAGCAGCUUCUUGGGCAGUGUUUUGUCUGGUGGCGGUAGUGGCGGCAGCAGCGGUGGUAGCAGUGCCAGCAGCUUCUUGGGUAGUCUAUUGGGCGGUGGCGGCGGCUCUGGCGGUGGUCUAUCUUCAAAGAAUUUCGGUGGUCUUUUCAGUGAGAAUCCAUCAAAAUCCGGUUCUUCCUCAUCGUCCUCCAGUUCCAGUGGGGCUAAAAACUAUCCCACCCAACCACCAGCAUAUGGCAACUACAUGGGCUACAAUGGUUAA